AUGAGCUCCGGCAACAUGAACAUGAACAACAAAAUCAUCUUCUACGAGGACAGGAACUUCCAGGGCCGCUCCUAUGAGUGCAUGAGCGACUGCCCCGACAUGUCCUCCUACAUGAACCGUUGCCAUUCCUGCAGGGUGGAGAGGGGCUGCUUCAUGGUCUACGACCGCACCAACUUCAUGGGAAACCAGUACUUCAUGAGGAGGGGCGAGUACGCCGACUACAUGAGCAUGAUGGGCAUGAGCGACUGCAUCAGGUCCUGCCGCAUGAUCCCCAUGCACAGAGGCUCCUACAGGAUGAGGAUCUACGAGAGGGACAACUUCCAGGGUCAAAUGCAUGAGCUGAUGGAGGACUGCGAGAACGUCAUGGACCGCUACAGGAUGUCCAACUUCAUGUCCUGCAAUGUGAUGGAGGGCCACUGGCUGAUGUACGAGCAGCCCCACUUCAGAGGAAGGAUGAUGUACAUGAGGCCCGGAGAGUACAGGAGCUUCAUGAGCAUGGGCAUGAGCAACAUGAGGUUCAUGAGCAUGAGGCGCAUCAUGGAUUCCUGCUACUAGAAGAUGACUCCUCACGAUGGGCAGUUCAUUUCCCAACAAAUACUAAAAAAUUAGUGACUAUGUGAUCAUGUGUAGAAAUAUACAUUGGAUGUUGACAAAUGGAUGGAAAAUGACUGUCAACCAUACGGCUGCACAUGCAGAUGUAUUUGGCUGAAGGUUGGCUGAUAAAGAGAAUAA